AUGGCCAGUGACAUCCAAGCGGAGACCCUGCAGCAGCUGUCCCCCUGUGACGUGGCUGCGCUCCAGAAGUGCCUGAAGGAGAACAAGGGAGACCGGCAGAAGUGCUUGGAGGAGAUUACCGCCUUCCAGCGGGCCUGCAGCAAGGGCAAGCCGGGCCCGAAGGCAGCGCAGCCGGCCCCGCAGCAGCAGUGA